ACCACCACAACAAACCCCUGCUGCUGCACCUUUUGCAGCUGGCAACAACAACAACCAAUUCCCCAUUAAAAUUAUAACCUGUCACAAUUAUUCGUUAGUGAGCAAUUAAGAAAGGUUUCUAAUAAAAUAGAAUAAUUAUAAAUCUAGUACCCGACACACACUGAAAUUAUCUCAAGCGUAAAUUGAAACCGUGAUAAGGAAAAUAUUUCAAUAUUGACAUCUUAUUUAAUACGUGUCAUGUCAUUUUUGUAUCUACUUAAACCCAAAAGUGACAAAUGUAUUCAAAUACAAGUUAACCAACCUACCAGCCCUUUUUGCAAUCUCACAAACCCGUCUUCCAGGGAGUGGUCGGGGAGGUGGAAGUUCGACCGUAAAGUACAGGAUGGACCACGUUGAGAUUUCUGAAAGUUUUAGCUCCUCAACUGAAGACGAAGACAUGGAGGAAGAUGACGACGAUGAAGAAGGUUCCUCAUGUGGAUCGUUGGAAAUUGAAUCGCAGGACGAAAUGUUCAUAAAGUCUUUCCAAAACGUGGUGGAGUCUGGUCUUAUUUACGGGGGUCCACCACUGGGACGAAACAACAUCAACGGAAAAUGCAAAAAGAGAGUGAACGAGAUUAUAGAGACUUAUGAGGAGAAUAAGAGAAGAAAUGCAAGUGAUGACGAAAGAUCAUUGUUGCAUAGACUUCCGGUUCCUCUCAAGUCAGUUAAAAUCGAGGCUGCCUUAGUCCAUGUCGUGGCUCAAGUUCAGGUCACGCAGAUUUACAGGAAUGAAGAGAAUUUUCCAAUACAAGUAGUAUAUUUCUUCCCCGUCGAUUCCAACGGGGCUGUUACUCAUUUUCAAGCAGAAAUUGAGGGUCGUGUCGUUAAGGGAAUUGUUAAAGCAAAAGGAAAGGAGGAAAAUACCCAAUGUUCUUCGACAAAAGACGAUGAGAUUGAUUUAGUGGGCGAAGAAGAAACACCCGAUAUUUUUAAGGUCAGCAUUGGCCGUCUCAAACCUGGACAGGAAGUCAAAGUGGUUGUGGGAUAUGUAACAGAGGCUAAAAAUGAUGCUGAUACUCAUACCGUACGAUUCUUCCUCCCCACUGCUAUUACACCGAGAUGUCUUCCGACGGCUAAAAUACCAUGUUGUAACAGUUUUUCACAGCGAAGUAAAGGAUCGAUAAUAAUGCCAGAGUUACAAAUGACAGAAGAAUCAGUAGCCCCACUCUCCAUCAAAGUUAUUGCAUCUAUGCAAGGAAAAAUUAAAUCAGUAGAAAGCCCAUCUCAUAAAAUUGUGGUUGAACAUAAAGGAGAAAUUCUUCAGAAACCAAUGUGGUAUAAAUCAAUUGCGACUCUUGAGGGUCUAACAACAGAGAUGGACAGAGAUUUUGUGCUAUUCAUUAAACCUGAGGAAUCUAUUAAAGCUAGACUAUACGCUGAGACUCUGCCGAAUGGUUCAAGUGCUGUUAUGUCAUAUUUUGUCCCUAGUUUCAAGCUAGACGAACAAAAAAUGGAAUUGAUUAUCGUUGUUGAUAGGUCUGAAUCAAUGUCGGGGAGGAAUAUUGAAAUUGUCAAAAAAGUUUUGAAGCUACUUCUUCAAUCCUUACCUGCAGAUUGCUAUUUUAAUGUAGUUGGGUUUGGAAAUCAUCAUCAUUUUAUGUUCAAAGGAGGGAGCAAGCGUUGCAAUGAUCAAACUUUGAAAGAUGCAAUAAAUUAUGCUAACAAAAUCCAAUCUGACAUGGGAGGAACAGAAUUAGUAGCUCCAUUACAAAAUAUUUACAACGAAAGCAUGAUUUCAGGUUAUUUUCGUCAAGUUUUGAUUAUCUCUGACGGAGCGGUAUGUGACGCAAACACCAUUAUCGGACUGGUUAGAAUGAAUGCACACAUAGGUCGUACUCUCACUCUGGGAGUUGGCAGUGCCCCUUCACAUCACUUACUCGAAGGCAUUGCGAAAGCCGGAAAUGGGACAUGUGCUUUUAUCGAUAGUGAUGCUAACAUCCAUAAACAGACAUUAGCACAACUUAAAAAUGCACUUCAGCCUUCAUUAACUAAUAUAAAAAUAGAAUGGGAAGGAGUUCAACAACCCAUCUUCCAAGAAAAAACGCUAGACGGCUAUAAUAAGAACAUUAAUUCCCAAAACACAUUAACCUCACAUGAUAAAAUUUCUCCCAUUUUUGACGGAACCCAAGUUCUUAUCUUCGGGGUAUUUGAAGCAGAAAAACCGUUGGGGGCAAAGAUUAUGGCGGAUUCUCCUGAUGGCACUUUAACAUUGGGCAUGAAACUGUCUGCUGAAAAUGAUUUGGGUGCAACUAAAAUGCUCCAUCGACUUGCUGUUAUUAAAAGUGUGCGUGAACUGGAAUUGGAAGAAUGUGUAACUCAAUUUUUAUCCCGUCCUCGAAGGGAACCAGAGCUUACGAGGAUCAAAGAAGCUAUAUUACGAGUUGCAAUUGCAGAUGGAAUAUCUUCAAAAUACACCUCAUUUACGAGUCCUGACGGGAAAUCUAGUAAUUAUGAAGACAACAUGUGUAAUCGAAUGCAUAAAGUUCCGUUGCAAUAUCCAUUUGCAUAUAGUGUCAUGAAAGAUGGCCGUGAUAACCAAAAAUGUUGUGCAAAAAUUGGAAUGCGACAAGAAAGACCAAAGCUACUGUUAGCACAUGGCUCAGCACAACAUUUUCCACUGAAUGGUACAAGUAAACGACCUCGAAAAACUAGUGCAAGUACGGGAAAGGUUGGUAAGAUCAAGAGGAAGCCUUCUCCAUUGAAGAAGGUCCGCAGGGAGAGAAAUACAAUUCAUACAGAUAUUGAACCAAUGGAUACGACGACAAUGGAAGAUGUGAAUGUUUACGGACUUGAUCUCCUUCAAAGAAUUAUCAGUUGUCAAAACUCUGAGGGUUAUUUCUCACUUAACCCUGUGUUUGCAAGUUUAAUCUCUUUGGAAUUGGCAUUAUUGAAACAAGAUGCGGAGAGUAAUGAAUGGGACGCGAGAGCAUGGGCAACGACAUUGGCCAUAAUAUUUUUCAAAACAAAGCUUGCUCCGUUCGAAAGUAUUUGGGAAUGUGUAGCUAUAAAGUCACAAAAAUGGAUUCUACAAAACCAGCUUAAUUCAACCGACGCCAUGAAUUCCAGAGCGGAAGAAUUGCUCAAGUGAAGCUAUACUCAUAAUGGUCUACAUACAUCAUCUCAAAACUCACAGUACAACUAUUAUAAUCUUACAAAAUUUUGAAUCUUGACCAUUGCACAUAUGUGGGAUUCCUCAAUUCUGGUUUCUGAUCUUUCCACGUUUGCACUAAAUGAGAUCUAAAAAAUUGAACUACUCAUAGUCACGGUUAAUUAAAAUUCAUCACCUCUUGUGUUCAACCAAACCAAAUAACAAACGUUUUACAAAUUGACAUAGCCAAAUAUCCGCAGUCUAUAUGUAGAACUCGCAGUAGAGUUUUUUUAAAUAGCAAUAUGUAUGUAUGUAUUAUGACAAACGCACGCAUAUGUCGGAGCAUGUGUAAAAUAAAAUAAAAGUUUUAACAAUCAAAUGCAA